AUGCGCUUCAGCAACUGCUUCAUCCUUCUCGUAGCUAUUUCUAUAGGAUGCUUCACCAGCCACGCCAAUGCCGAGAACGGUGCCCUCACCAACAGUGCAAGAAACAAUGCUCGCCGUCUACACAUCGAGGCCGCAAAUGCAGACAAAGUUGCUCAGCUUACAUCUGGAUUCAUCAAGAAACUGAAGGAUAAUGCCGCGCUCAGGAAAGUCACUAACAUCGCCAAGGUCAACGAAGAUGACGCUGCGAUCAGAAACGCUGCCAAAGCUGCUGCUGCCAAGGAGGGGGUCAAACUAAGUGACGAAUCGGUAAGCAAGGUGGCGAAAAAGCUGGCUGAAGUUACCAAGACGAAGCCCAAGUUGUGGUCUCGUCUCUAUGACGUCACAUUUAUUGUGUGGCAGUUGAUUCUUGGUGGGCUUGCUGGUGUCGGCACGGCCUACCUGCUGCGGAUGCACAUGAAUUCUACGGAAACAGCGAUGCCUACGUCGGGUUCUAGGGAAUGA